AUGAAGUCCGUGUUCUACAAAAUCUUGCUACUAGCUGGGAUUCAUACUGUUGCCCAUAGUCAGCUCUUCACCGAUCACAACAACAGACAUGAACCAAAUGAACCUAAACCCCACAUGCAUCAUGGAGGUGAAGCAGUCGCUUGCCUCAAACUAGUGCCAAACAAUGCUGACUUUGCUUUUGAGCUUUUUAAAGAGGUUGCACUGGAAGCACCUAAUGAGAACAUUUUCUUCUCUCCUGUAAGCAUCUCCAGUGCAUUUGCAAUGCUAGCCCUAGGGGCUAGAUCAACCACCCAGACUCAGAUCCUGGAAGGACUCACCUUCAACCUUACAGAGAUUCAGGAGAAAGAGAUACAUGAAGGCUUUCACAACCUCAUCCACAUGCUGAGUGACCCUGAGAAUGGGGUUCAACUCAACAUGGGAAAUGCCAUCUUUCUAACAGAGAAGCUGAAACCUCUGAAAAAGUUUUUAGAUGAUGCUGAAGCUCUAUAUCAGCUGGAGGCUUUUACCACUGACUUUAAAAAUCCCACAGAGGCUGAGGAGCAGAUCAAUGAUUAUAUAGAGAGGAAAACAUAUGGGAAAAUUAAGAAUUUGAUCAAGGACAUGGAUCCACAAACUGUAAUGAUUCUGACUAGCUUUGUUUUUUUUAAAGGCAACUGGGAAAAGCCUUUUAAACCAGAGCAUACCGAAGAAAGGGAAUUCUUUGUGGAUGCUAAAACUACUGUGAAGGUCCCUAUGAUGCACCAGAUUGGAAGAUUUGACUUCUAUUUUGACAAGGAGCUGUCAUGCACUGUAGUACGACUUCAUUAUAAUGGGAGUGCUACUGCGUUUCUGGUUCUGCCAGCAGAAGGGAAAAUGAAGCAGUUAGAGCAAACUCUGGUCAAGGAAAUCAUCCAGGAAUGGUCAGACCAUCUCUUCCAGAGGCUGGUGAGCCUCUAUUUCCCCAAAUUCUCUAUUUCUGGGAGCUAUGAAAUAACAAAAACCCUUAGCAAGAUGGGAAUUGUGGAUGUGUUCACGGACCACGCAGACCUCUCUGGCAUCACCGGCACCUCCGAGCUGAAGGUUUCUAAAGUUGUUCAUAAGGCUGCUGUGGAUGUUGAUGAGAGAGGUAGCGAGGCAGCAGCAGGAACUGCUGGUGAAAUAAUGCAAUUGUCUCUUCCUCCAAUCAUUGAAUUCAACCGUCCCUUCCUCAUGCUAAUUUUUGAUAGAGAUACAAACAGUACACUCUUCAUAGGAAAAAUAGUUAACCCAACUGUCACUAGCUGA